AUGUCUGAACCGCACGCAGAUCACAGUAAGAAGUUCGAGAAACACGCCGAAAAGGCCGGUGAAGAGGCUAAGAAGGCCGUCGAUGAAUUGAAGAAGGACGAUAAGGUGUACAAGAAGAAGUUGCAAGAGGGUGAGAAUUAUGUAGUGGAACGGGUGCGUGAGUUUGCUUCCUUUGCCUCCACCCAAGUUGCUAACACUAUGAACUAUGCGUGUGGGGUUGCACACUCGACGGCUGCCCGUGCGCAAUCCCUUGCUUGCAGAGCUGCUUCUAGAAGUGCAAACCCAGUAAUUUUGGUCAACUUGUUGCUUGGUACAGGCGUGGUAGCCGCCCUGCUCACCGGAUACGCCAAAUACGACACCCGUUAUUUGAAGGAUAAGUCCGAUGGGGCCAUUUUGUGUGUUGUCGGGAGUGCCACCGCGCUCUUGGCACUAGACACAGUGCUCUCAGCAAAGUACUAUUCGAAAUUCGACAAGAAAUAA